AUGGCCAACACUGUCAUCCUCGGGAGCGGUGUUAUUGGCCUAUCAACCGCCUACUAUCUCCUCCAACACCAGCCGGGAGACUCCAUCCAUCUCGUUGACUCCGCAAAUGAGCUCUUCGCUUCUGCCUCUGGCUUUGCUGGAGGCUUCCUGGCCAAGGACUGGUUCCGUCCCGAGCUGAUGCCCCUGGCUGAGCUCAGCUUCGAGGAGCACAGGAAGCUGGCUGAGGAAGAAAACGGCAGAGAGAGAUGGGGAUAUGCAAAGAGCGUGACGGUGAGCUACGAGCCCAACGGGCCUCUGCUGAAUGGCAAGAGAGGGGAGGAUUGGCUGCUGGAGGGCACAAGCAGAGCCGGAGUCGUGGACUCGCGGAGGGAGCACCAAGACGGCGAGGUUCCUGGUUGGCUGAGGAGGGUGGAUGGCGAUUCGGUGAGCGUGAUUGAUGAUGGAAGUGGCACGGCGAUUGUGGAUCCCCUGAGAUUCUGCAAGUUUCUCCUGGAAAAGGUCAAGGCUGCCGGAGUCCAUAUUCACAACCCUGCCUCCGCAUCGCGUAUUGAAACCGAUGAAGCCGGGAAACUUUCCGGCGUGACGACAUGCCACUCUGUCUACACGACAAUGGACGCACUCUCGCCUGAGGUGUAUUCUCGAACGGAUGGAGUGAUUUACGUGGCUGGUGUGAACCAUGCCUCUAUUCCUUUGCCGAAACCUACCGUCAAGGCAGUGACUUUUAACGAGUCUAUUGAAAAGCUCAAGAACAUUGCACGACGUCUCAUUGCUACACCUAACGGAGAAGACCUGGAGAUUGUGCGUGAAGGGCUGUGCUUCAGACCAAUUACAAAGAGGGGAACGCCAUACAUUGCAAGGUUGCCAGAGGACAAGCUUGGAGAAGAUUUCAGGUCGACUGAGCAAGCCCCGGGUGGCGUCUUUAUUGCUUCAGGACAUGGCCCGUGGGGAAUUAGCUUGAGCUUGGGAACAGGAAAGGUGGUCGCAGAGAUGAUGUCUGGGAAACCUCUCAGUGCUGAUAUCUCUAGCCUGGGCUUCUGA